AUGGAUACACUUAAUUUUCGUCUUGCUGAAGAAAAAAAUUUUCAUAGUGAAGUUCUUCUAUUUUCAUUUAAUCCUGAACAUGAUAUUAUUGUUGUGUGUUCAGCAAAUGGCGAUGUUAUUGCUUAUCAAGCUUAUAUUCGUAAAGUUUGGGCAUUAGGUACAAGAAAUCAACGUAAAAAACCUGUUAGUCUAGCAUGGCGACCUGAUGGACAAAUAUUAGCUGUAACUUUUUCAAAUCGUACACUUGUAUUAGCAUCAGUUCAAGAUGGUCAUUUAUUAUUAUCGGAAACUUUACCAUUUGAAAUUCGUUCAUCAACUUGGAUUGAACGUACAAUAGGACAACAAGAUGAAAAUACUCAUGUACAAUUUGAAUCAAUACCUAUUGAUGAUUAUUUACCAGUUCUUGUUGAUUUACCAUCUAUUAAUCGAGCAAGAAAACAUGUGGUUGAUCCACCAGAUGAUCUUUUUACACUUGAUAAACAAACAAAAUUAAAUAUUUUAAUUCUAUUCGGUUCAAAUGAUAUUCUACUUCGUGCAUUUGGUCUUUGGCCAAUACUUCUCAUUAAUCGUUCAUCCUUACCUACUGAUCAAACUCUUCUAUCUGUAACAAUGUCACCUUCUCUUGAUACUCUUUGUCUAUUAACACGUUGUGAUGUAUCAGUGAAUUAUUCAUUAUUUGAAUGUACAUCAUUUUUAUCUGAUUAUCAUAAUGAUUAUUUUCAUUUAACACGUUCACUUUGUCGUAUAAAAAGUUUAAUUUUAUUUAAUGAUAAAAUUUUAACAACAUUAACUGACUUAACAACAAAAUGUUUUUCGGAUUUUCAAGCACGUGUUAAUACAUUUUGUGAAACAAUACGACAACAGGAAAUAAAACAAUGGACAUUUCAAUGUGAAUUAAUGUCAUUAUUAGCAACAGGCAAUUGUUCUGAACAUAUGCAACAACAUUUUUUUGGAAAUAUUUUUGAUUAUGGUUAUGCAAAAAAAUUAGUAACAACUUUUGAUGAAACAAGAAUUAAAUCAAAAGAAUUAAUUGUUAUUUUUGGAAGAACAAUUGAACAUAUAUUUGGAUAUCUUGUAGAAAUUAAAGGUUUACAACAAUGGUAUGGAAAAUUUGAUCAAAUUGAAUUUAAUCCACAAAUUCUUGAAUCAUGUUUAUAUAAUGCUGGUAGUCUUCUUUUAAAGAUCAAUGAAUAUACCGAUUUUCUUCAUGAAAUGUCAGAUGUUUAUACAUUUUUCUUACGUUGGCUUGGUUUUGUUGCUCAUCAAUUACAUACAUCUAAACAUAAUACAAGUACACAUCAUGAUGAACAAAUUGAAUGUACAGAAGCUGAUUGGGAUCAUUUAAUUGAAUUUAUUGAUUCUUAUUGUUCAUUUGACGAACCUGUACUUGAUAUAUUUUCAAUGUAUUUAAAAUCUGAAAAUUUACCCGAAACUCUCAUACGUGAUUCAACUUAUCGAAAAUUAUUUGAUCAUACAAAUAGUAAUAAACAUACAUUUUUUUCACCAAAACCACGACGAUCUUUAUUAGGUGCUUAUCAAGAUUUAAAACAAUCAAUUACAAAAGCAUUUGAAAUACGAACACAUAAUUCAAUUUUUCAAAUGAAUAAACCAUUACCAUUACUUGCAUCAAUACCAAUUGAUAAUCAAUCAUCAUCAACAAUUGAAUUUGAUCAUCGUCGAAGUCAACAUUCAAUUAGUUAUGUUCUUCAACAAAAUUCUUUACAAUUUCAUUUAAUUAUCUAUACAUCAACAAGUAAACAAUGUCUUGUUCGAUUAUUUGAUUUUCAACAUAUUCUUGGUCCAUAUCGUUCAAUAGCAAGUUUUAAACUUUAUGAUGAUGAUAAAUUAACUAUUGUUUGUAGUAAUACAAUAGAUUUAAAUAAUGGAAAUAAUAAUGAAACAAUAUUAUUUAAUACUAAUCAUCAAUCAAAUUUAAUGAUUAUUAGUUUUAAAUCUUUAAUAGAUUCACAAACAAUUGAUUUUAUAGCAAAUAAUAAUACAAAUACUAUUUUAUCAUAUCCAUUAAAAGAUAUACCCUCUAAAUUAACUGUUGAUGGAAGACGCAAUCUAAUUGCUGUGUGGGCAAAAAGUCGAAAGCUUACUACAUUUAUACAUAAUCCAUCGGAUGAUAUUAAUCAAGGUUCAUCUUCAUCACAAAUUCCUAUUCGAAUGGAUGAUGAAAGUACAUUAGUACAAUCUGGUUCAAUAACAACAAUGAUUUCUUCACAAGAGAGUACAAGAUCAUAA